AUGUGGAAGGCUAGUCAGCUGUGGGGUUCAAACAGAUCUGGCUCACCAUGAACUAUGUUGCUGCUGUAAACAACCUCAGCGUCUCUAAUUAACUAACCACAGUGCAUACCCAGGAGCUCUGGAUACUUGUGUUCCUUUAGUUGUAGGAAAAGCUUAAUGUCAGUAACAUGGGACAUCAGGUGAUAAUAUUUGACAUUUCUGUUGUAAGAGGCUUCUGGGAAACUCAAGUCAAGAAGUAUAAAGAAACUCGAAAGAAGGAGAAGGAAAGAUUAGCACAAAGCUCAUUAGAGAAGAUAAAACAAGAAUGGGACUUUGUACUAGAGUGCAGAAAGAAAGGCAUUCCACAAUCUGCAUACCUAAAGAAUGGUUUCAUAGAUACCACUGUGAAGGUCUUUGAUAAAACUGAGAAGAACUCUCAGCUCUGUAAGAAGAGAACUUUGUCAGAUGAAACAGACAAAGAAAGAAGCAAGUUUAUUUUUCAACUUUCUGGAGAUCACUGGAUGGAAUUUCCAGAUUCAUUGAAAGAACAGACACAUCUAAAAGAAUGGCAUAUCUACAAAACACAGAUACAAACCAUUCCAGCCUACAUUGCCCUGUUUCAAGAGCUGAAAGUAUUGGAGUUAUCAAAUAACCAGAUCACACAUCUUCCAGUUGAAAUUGGUUGUUUAAAACAACUGAAAGAACUCAAUGUGAGUUUUAAUAAUUUGAAGAGCAUCCCUCCAGAACUGGGAAACUGUGAGAAUCUGGAAAAACUGGAUUUGGCUGGAAAUAUAGAACUUACAGAGCUCCCAUUUGAACUAAGUAACUUGAAACAAGUCACAUUUGUGGAUGUGUCAGCAAACAAGUUCCCCACUAUUCCAAUUUGUAUACUCCGGAUGUCAAGUUUGCACUGGCUGGAUAUUAGCAACAACAAACUGAAAGAUCUCCCACAAGAUAUAGACAGGCUCAAUGAACUGCAGACAUUUCUCCUGCAGAAAAACAAGUUGACUUAUCUUCCACGAGCUUUGCUCAAUAUGCCAAAACUCAGCUUGCUGGUGGUUAGUGGUGAUGAUCUGGUCGAGAUACCCACAGACGUUUGUGAAUCACCCACAGGUUUAAAAUUUAUAAGCCUUAAGGAUAAUCCUCUUGAAACAUUCUUGUAUCACAAUACUGAAGACAUUGUAGAAAGUGAACGUGAUCGAGAGCAAUUUGAGAAAGCAUUUAUGAAAGCCUACAUUGCAGACAUAAAAGAAAGAGAAACUAUGCCUUGCUAUACGACAAAGGUAUCACUUAGUCUCCAGCUCUGAAGAUCAGAAAUCUCUAAGACACUGAGGGAUACCAGAAAAACUCUAUUUUUGUCUAUGUGAAUGGAAAACAUUGAUAUCAUGGAGAGUCAUAAGCAGCUCUUAAAUAAUGAUCACAGAAUUUCUUAUUUGUUACCAUACUUGCUUUCAACAACUACAGCCAAAAUUGCAAGGACUAAAUAGUUUUCAUCAGAUGAAAUUUCACUUUUUAAAUAACAUAUUUAUUUUCAAGUCAACAGCAACAAGCACUAAAUUAUACACGGCUAAGGCCCUCAUUGUGCAAACACUUAUACAUGUGCUGUACUUCAUGACUAUGAAUAGUACUAUUGCAAUCAAUGGGGUUACAGUAGUAAAGUUAAGCAGAUAUGAGUUUGCAGGAUAGGGGUCUUAAACAGUAUCUGGUUUAUAUUCUGUUGCGGUUCAGCUGAAAAAAGAUUUGUUCCUGUGCAAACAGUGGAAGUGUUAAUGCUUUAGAAAAUGCAUGUGAUCUAUUAUAUUUUAAAGACCAAAUGACUAAUUCAAUUGUUUGCAAUAGUUCUUAAUGGUAGGUUUAAAUACAUUGUUUACGGGUGAUGUUUUUACUUUCUGCUGUUCAGAAAGGUCCUUCUCUGGUUUUUCAGUUUAAAUAAAUUCCAGCAAGUAGACACUCAGUAUGGAGUCGUUUAAAAUACUGUUACUUUUUUCAAUUAUAUUACAAGCAUUGAAAUGAUCACAAAUAUUAGUACACAGGUGACUGGAAUUUUUGUGGUAAGCAAUUUUUAAAUAAUAGUUUGGCAAUGGCUUAAUAGGACUUUAAAGAAAAAUAAUCUCUGGGACGAAGUUUGAAUGAAUAAAACAUCAUGAAAAUAUUUAAAAACCAAGCACUUUGACUAAUAUUGAUAGUUCUGAAUUACAGUAUUUUUGUUGGUAUAACAAUGAAAUUUUGUUUAUGUAAUGCAAAUGCCUUAGUUCUAUAAGUAUG